UCGACCCGCAGGAGAGUACGAGGUGAGUUGGCUUCGCUUUCGGCAGGGCCUUCGCAGCUCUCCACGCCCGCUGUUUCCUGUUUUCCAGACCAAAGGGAAAACGUAACUCGUAGCUAGAGCCCACGGUCCGUCUUCUUCACGUUCCCGCGAGCUUCCCUCGUCACCCGGCGAACGUUAUUCGCUGAUUUCCUCUUCGACGUUGUUCUUCCUCUCUCCCCCUCCUCAGAGAGUCUCUAUCUAACUGGACACUCUUCUCUUCUUCGAUCAUAUUCGAUAUCUGCCACACUGGUAUCAGUUCAAUUUCAUCCUCCGUCAUCUUCUAUAUCACUCUUCUUCCUUCUUCCGGUGCUCAUUCCUCCGAGUGUGUGCUUCGACGAUUCAUCCCACCGGCGACCAAAAGAAACACAGAGAGAAAUCUCGACCGCGGGAUGACUCGAAAAAAAUGUGCGUCGUACCGAUGUGGCUGACGAGGCUGGAAUCAUAGAGAAGAAAAAGGAAGCGGAAGGCGAUAACGACGUUUAAGACGUCCGAAAAACACGGUGUGCCAAUGGGUUAAAGCUUGAACCUUCGAGGCAGACUAACGAAAAGUAUGAAUACCGAUUGCAGAGGCCUCGCUUGUUCCACGGUAGCUCUUAGAGGAUGCACAAGCUAGCCAAGGGCCUGAAGAAGAAGAAAAAGCCGAAGAAGGGCAAGAAGGGGGCAGAGGAGGACGAGUUCGACCCGGAGGAGCUCGAGCGUUACAGGCGCGAGCGGGCGGAGGCCCAGCAGAAAGCCGAGCAAUCCGGCGAGCAGGCCAGCAACGCCAGCUCCGACGAGUGGAAGAAAUUCGAGGCGUUGACGGCCGGAGUCGACUCGAUCCUCAAGAAGACGCAAGGAGAUCUCGAUCGUAUAAAAUCCACUUCCUUCUUUCAACGGAAGCCGCCGCUAGAAGACGAGAAGAAAGAGGAAGAAGAGGAGGACCAGGAAGAUCGUGGUAAAAAGUCUUCUUCGAAAAAGUGGGUAGGUUUCGACGAGGAAGGUAAUCCGAUCGAAGGUGAACCACCGGACUUCGAGGGAAAGGGAAAGAAGAAAGAAGACAAGCCUCUGGUUAACGAGGACGGUCUCGUCGAACUUCCCGACGACGAGGAUGAACACGAAGACUCCGCCGACGAAGACGUAUUCGACACAACCUACGUUGACGUUCUCCAGAAUAUCGACGUUCAACUAGCUUACAUUCCCGACAGUCCAACCGAGGAGGAGGCCGGCGACGAUCCGUUCGACACUACAAACGCUGACAAAGUACUAAAAACAGUAGAUAAGAAAGGGAACAGAUUGGUUAGUUUAGGGAACGCGGUAGAGGUCCUCUCCGGAAGAGUCGAUUACGUGAGUUCGUGCAAGAUCACGAGAGGCAGGCGGCCUAGACUUCAACAAGAUUUAUUAUUGGAUGACUUCGAGGAAUCCGAGCAACUUGCGGAGAGUAGCAGCGUAGUUGCGGAGCCUGUGGACGUGACUAAGACUUUGCUGGACGACGACAGCGAUCUUCCUGAUAUUCCUGUCGAUCUUACGAAGCUUCCUCCGGUUCUACCAAGACCAGUCAGUCCAGCUGUGAAUCAGGAGAACGUUGCGGACAACAAACCGUCCAACGGACCUUUGGAUAUUUCUGAGUUCGAAAUAUUGAAAGAGAAAACGAUCUUAGAGGAGAUUCCUGACUUGGACGACGCAGAGUUCGAUUUAGACGCAGCGCCAGAUGAGCCGGUACGUCUCGAGGAGGCUGACGACCCUUUCAAAACUAAGGAACCGGCGGCUGUAGACUUCCAAGCCGAGAUAAUAGAAGCAAGCUUCGAGGCAGCUACUUUCGUCGACGAAGAAGAUCCGUUCGACACUACUUUCGCUGAGAAUAUCCUUCCUGGUAAGACAGAGUUGAAGUUCAUCGAGAAAGAACUAGAAGAGCUUCCGGUUUCAGAAGUGACGAUAUCCUUGACCGAUCCAGCUGGAUUGAACAGAGAUUAUGAGACAGGUUUGCUGAAAGAAGAACUCAGAGCAAAGAUCAGUAACUUGCAAGCUAAGAAGGAUCUUCUAGGAGGAUCUACAACCGAUCUAAGUCAACUUGCGGACGAACCUAUAGCUCCAGUGGAAGAUCUCAGCUACGUAGACCCUUUCGACACCUCUGCUAUCAAAGAAAUUCCUCCUGGAAAGACAGAGUUGAAGUUCCUCGAGAAAGAGUUGCUUGGUGAACAACCUAAUCUCUCUAAUUCUCUGGACGACGACGAUUUCGAUCCAAGAAAGGACGAGCAGCCAGCUGUUCCGGUUGAUAUUACUGUAUCCAAGCUACCGCCAAGGCCUCCUCUUCCAACAGCAUCUGUUAAACCAAUCUUUCAGGUUGAAUUCGAAGAAGCAGAAGAUACUGGCGAGGUUGGCGACCGUGGACGGAGAUCUUCGAGGCCAGAGGCGCUAGAACUAGCACCUUCAAAGACCGUUGCUUUCGAACUGCCUACACCAUCCAAACGUCCAGACCUACUGACAACCACCGAAGAAGAGAAAGCACUACCUUCGAAACCUCUGACACCUUAUUAUUCUCAGAAAUCUAUCGACGAUUUGUUACCUAUACAGGAGGAGGAAGCUGAUGUGGAUCCUUUCGAUACCAGUUUCGUGGCCAAGGUAGCUCCCGGAAAGACAGAAUUGAAGUUAAUCGAGUCAGAAUUGUUGAAACAGGAGGCAAAGUUACCUCAUAGUCUGAGCGAUCACGAUUUUGAUCCGCGAGCCGAAGGGAAACCUGUAAGAAGACAGAGCGAUUUCACAGCUAGUUCUAUCAGGCCGAACAACUUGAAGAUCGCCGAGCUUCAGGACUCUGUGUUGAAGAAGUUCGAGGAACAGAGGAAACCGAAACUGCAGGAGAGGCAGGAGAGUUUGCUGGACGAGAAGAUCGAGGUGGAUGCGAAGCCUCUGACGCCAAGAAUCGAGUCGAAGCCCAUCGAAGAAGAAGAAGAGAUUUCCUACAACGAUCCUUUCGACACUUCUAUCGCCACUAAUAUUCUUCCUGGUAAAGCGGAGCUGAAGAUUCUCGAGAGCGAAUUGCAGCAAAUUCCUGGAGAGCUGCCCGUUCGUCCUGUUCCUAUCGCAUUCACAGCGAUCAUUAAAACUACCAUUCCGGAGGUUGAUCCUGACUUUGAUCCCAGAGCCGAGGAAAAGAAGGCAACAGCAGAUUAUCUGUGCAUCGACGACCAAGAUCCUGGAGCCAAAGUACUUACUCCUUUGCAGAACGACGACUUCGGUUUAGGAGAGGACGUGGAUCCUUUCGACACCAGUUUCGCUACCCUAGGACCAGGAAAAACUGAACUGAAGAUACUCGAAUCCGAAUUAAUGCAGAAAUAGAAUAUCUAAUCCAUCCUCCUUCUCUUCCUAGUAAAAGACUCUCUGCUAAGCAGUCUGUGCAAUUAUAUAUUAGAAAGUACUAUACCAAAGAAUAUUUUAAGCAACUUUUAAGCUGGUCCAUUAACCUUUCGAUCGAGCAACAUGGAUUCCAAAGGUGGAAACCCUUUCUUGAUGGACGACUACGGUGUCGAGUC